AUGAAGAUCCUACCGUCUUUCCACCGUCUCCUAGGCAGUUUCCUUACUAUCAGUCUGUUGGCGUGCCUCUUUGUGACGGCGUUCAACCUCGACUUCCUCCCGCGCGGUUUAUCGACGCGAUUGUUCGGACGAAGCCUUCCAGGAUCGCUGGUAACAGCUCCCCAAGGUGCAGUUGGGUACUAUCAGCCUCCUCCAGGGCCCAUUGCCAACGAAGCGCGACCGACAGAGACCUCCCCUCCAAAGGUCUACAAGACGAUCACCACAACGAUCAUUACCCGAGAGAUAACGCAUGAACUGAGGCAAGCGCCGGUGGCGAUGAGGAACUCGUCAGCCCUGCUGUAUGUCGGCUCGUUCCUGAUCUCUGCAAGUUUACUGAUGGAGUCUCCCAGACCCUCGAAGAACGUUGCCGUAGUCACCGGGACUGUGACCAAGACGCAGGUGAUGGUGGUAGCUACACAGACGGCUUCCUCCAAAGGAACCGGGUUUGCGCUUCGCAAGAACGGCACCUGUCUCGAUACAGAGGUGGACUGUGGUUUCACCGUUCAUCCCUUUCGAGCCUGUUGCCCCGGGGGCUCAUACUGUCCAAGCCAGUACAAUGUGAACUGCUGUCCGUCCGCCGCGAACUGCACACAGCUACUUGUGGAGUCGCCAAGAUGCGCCAAUGAGACGUGGAAUCUGUACAGUAAUUAUGGAUACUUUUGCUGCGAGCCUGGAACAACAGCCUUCGGGACGAGUUCGCACAGUGAUGGUUGCGCGGUGCCGGGGUAUACCUUCGAUAGCUCUGAUACUCUGUUGCCGCUUGUCUCCUCGGGGAAGGCAUCGGUUGCGACAUCAACGUCCUCCAUAACAUCCACCCCGUCGACGAGCUCUACAUCCUCCACAUCACCAACACAAACAUCGACUCAACCCUCCGAGGCGUCCUCCAAGACAAACACAGGAGCCAUUGCAGGAGGCGUAGUCGGCGGCGUAGCGGGAGUAGCCCUUAUCGCUAUCCUGCUUUGGUGGCUUCUCAGUCGCCGAAUGAAACGGCAACCAGCCCUUCACGAGACGCAGGUGGUCCCCAACACGGAGUAUAAAAAUAAUAGCCAGAUGGUGAGCGAACUGGACGGUCGCAGUGCCGCGCAUGAGCUUGAGAGCCAGGCAAAUCAUCCGGCCCACGAGUUACCGGCGGACUCGGCAUUCCAUCGAUGA